AUGAUUUACCGUAUACUAGGUGGUAUAUACCUAUCAUCUAUAGAACCAUUGAAUGACAAUGUGGACUUCAAACAACAAUACCAUAUAACACAUAUAAUUUCGGCGAUUCUGGGACCUAUUCCAAAUAAUUAUGUCCACGAUUAUGUACAUAAGCAAAUUGACAUCACAGACGAAGAAACCAGCAAUAUAAUACAAUAUUUUCCUGAGACAAACGAUUUCAUAGACUCGUGUUUAUUCCCAGAAGGAUCAACUACUGACAAACAUCAUGGUGCAAUUUUGAUUCACUGUGCUCAAGGAAUAUCCAGAUCUGUCACACUCAUAGUGGCAUAUUUAAUGUAUAGGUAUAAAUUAACAAAGGACCAAGCCUUACACGCAGUUAAGCGUAAAUUAUCAUCAGCAUGUCCAAACGAUGGCUUCCAGAAACAAUUGCAAUUAUAUGCUGACUUAAAAUUCAAAGUUGACACUAGUAAUUCAUUGUACAAGAAGCUCUUCAUUGAUUUGAGCAUUCAAGCAGAUCCUUCUGGUCGUUCAUUACAGGAGUUGAAUAUGUUUUCAUCCACCUCAACACCACAAUCGCAGACAGAUAAACAGGCAGAGUUACGUUGCAAAAAGUGUAGACAGGUUUUGGCACUCGAGGGCCAAAUAGAAAAGCAUUCGCCUCCUGAUGCAUCAUCUCGACAAUCACAGUUCAUAAAAACAGCCCCAAAUUCAAGAAGAAUUGUUUCUGUACAAGAGGCAUCUGAUUCGUGUUCUCAUUAUUUCGUAAGGGAGCCAUUAACUUGGAUGAGAUCAGAAUUAGAAGACAAAGGUGAAAUUGAGGGUAAAUUUAAUUGUCCUAAAUGUGACAGUAAGGUUGGUGGAUACAGUUGGAAGGGAUCAAGAUGUUCAUGUGGAAAAUGGAUGAUUCCUGCCUUACAUUUGCAAUGCGCUAAAGUUGAUAAUAUUAAAAGCUAUCCUACCCAUCACUAG